AUGCACGAUAGCGGCUCCGCAACCUCCGAGACCCUGGUCUCACCCAGCACUCGCUCUCCCGGCACCGCUUCUGCUUCGACGCCGGCCGUCAAGCAGGAACCGUCCGAUGUGUCUGUAUCUGGAUCGUCGCCCAAGCAAAACAAGUCCGAAGCGACACUGCCCUCCGAGCCGAACGAGGCCAAGAGCAGCGAGAAAGGCGCUUCCGCCGACGAAAACGGGCGCAAACGUAAAAACUUCCGCCGCAAACACCGCAACUCGCACUUGGGCUGCGGCACCUGUAAGAAACGUAGAAUCAAGUGCGACGAGAUGCUCCCGCAAUGCUUCAACUGUGUCAAGGGCAAGCUCCAUUGUGCGUACCUCAAUCUCGAUGCGCCCGCACGCAACGCGUUGCGCAUGGCUCAGUUCAACCAGAAUCUCCGCGGCGACGCUUCCGAAGAAGCCACCGCUUCCUACUACAAGGAGUUCCACAACGAUCUGCAACAGCCGGCGGCCGCUGCUCCUAUCCACUCCAUUCCUCAUGUAGCCAUGCAGCAGCAGGUAUCGCCUGUUGGCAGUGUUCUGAACGGUGCUGCUUCUGUGCCGAUCCAGGUGCCUGUAGGUCAGCCUCAAGAAUACUACUCAGCAGGAUACAUUCCAUAUCAGAUCGUGCCGCAGAUGGUAAAUGGAGCUUCUCCUACCGCUGCUGCGCCCUCCGGCAGCAUUGUUCCCUCUGUGUACCACCCCAUGGUUCAGAUACAGCAGCAGCUCUCGUCGUCUGGUAAACCAACGAUGGUGUACUCGCAGGUGCCCCUUCAGGUGGUUCCAGCGGGCCAGAUUCCUCAUGUAGUCUACCAGCCGCAAGAUCCGCAGUUGGCCAUUCAUGGCCCUCCUGGUCCUCGCAAAUCAAGCCUUGUCCACAUCGCGCCCUCCGGUUCCUCAAUGGAGGGGCUGCCAGUGAUGGUCCUAAAUAACCAUCCAGACAGCAUCUAUGAGAGCUCGCCCAACAUGCAAUCCAGCGGCAUCCCCAUGGGCGUGGCUCCAAUAUCUGCAGCGCAACACAUCGCUGCACCGGCCGUGGCCCAAGUGCCUCGCUCAUAUCCACCAGGCGUCAGCAUGAUGUCCUUGGGAAUGGCGCCCAGCCCGAUUAUCCACCAAGUGCCACAGCCCGGUCCUUAUCAGCCGGUGGGCACACUCCAGCAACUCAGCCCAGUGCCUCAAAUUGCUGCCACUCCUCAACUAACACAGCUCCAUCAAAUCCCACAGUCUGCACAAAUGAUCCCUCACCAUGCAAGUGUCGCUGCUGCUGCUGGAUCUCCGACUGCCAAACCCGUGAUCUCGCCCUCUGGCGUGCUUUAUACGUCGCCGCUUCCGCUGGCAGAGACAUUGAUCGGGAGAUCCUCCCAUGGUUCGAUGGCCGCGCUUCGGCGUGACCUGAAUCCUGUCAAGGUGAAAAGCGAGUUUGUCAAGAGCGAGUUCAGCAAUGAUUUUGAGAAGAGGGCGCAAGCGGGCUCCAACGAAAGAAAGUACUCUACCGAGUCUCCUCUGUCUUUGAACGAGACAGAGAAGAUCCCCUCGAUCAAAAUGCUUCUUUCCUAG